AUGUCGAUCCACAAAGAUGCCGAAAAAGGAAUUCUUGUUGGAAAUGUUCUUGAUAGUUACAUCAAGAACGACCAGAAUAUGCUUGACGAACAAAGUUCUGACUCGGGAUUGACACCACUAGCGAUAGCCGUAAUUGAAGGAUUCCCUGAUGAGGUUGAGGAACUUCUUGAGAAAGGAGCCAAGGCAGAUGGCCUCUCAAGGGAUGAAGAGACCCCCCUUCUCCUCGCUGCUUGGAAGGCUAAAGGAGAACGAGCUCGAAUCGUCCAACUGCUUCUUAAAAAGAUUCCUUCGGGAGCUGUGGACAAAACCUGUGAUAUAGCGGGCUUGAAGACGCCACUAAUGUAUGCAAUUGAGAAUAAGGAUCUUGAAUCCAUUAGGCUACUUCGAAAGGCCGGAGCUUCCGUGGAUAUAAAGAACAAAGAAGGAUUUACAACAGAGCAAAUGGCCAAAUAUGCAAAUAAUCCUGCCAUCUCUCUUGCUCUUGACUUGAACGAAGAAAAGGCAGCCAUUGGCUUACUCGUUUCCAAGGUCGUUGACUUACUACUCUACAUUGUUGAUUGGGUAAAAAAAUCUGUGCAGGGCGCUCUCUUCAUGGUACCUAUAGCAAAUUCGGAGGGAAAUGAAGAUAUAGACAAAGUGAGCGAGGAACCGACCCAGGAAGAAUAUGUGGAAAAUAUUGGUCAAUAUCUUGAGAACCGCCAACUAUUGGAACGUUUUUUCAAGGGAAAGAAAGACUUUAUACAAAAUUUCGCUAGGAAGAUUGCGAGCCUGGAGCAAAACUCCGUCAUCGAUCUUGGCGGCAAGGACCUAUUGCAAAAAAGGAUCAAAGUAUCGUUAUACCAGCAAGUCAUUUACUAUGACAGCACCUCGAUGAAGCGCGAAGGGCGCUGGGAAAGCCAGAAAGAGCUCAUCCGGCGCACCACUCAGGUCACUACACUAGUUCUCCCGGAGGGUGAGGGCGUUGCUCUGCAUUUUAUUAAUAGAGAUGUUGACAACGCUACCAAUCUAACUCUUGAAGGGAUAAGAGAUAUCUUGAAGCCCAUGACCUGGCAACCUGGCGGCGACACUCCUAUUGGAACAAAUCUGCAGUCUAAAAUUCUCCAGCACCUAGUCUAUGACAAGAUAAAAAAUAAAACUCUUGAGAGACCACUGCUAAUUAUUAUUAUUACUGAUGGGAUGCCAGAGCCUGAAGAUAGUUCCGUACUUGUCACGGCCAUCCUAGAAUGCGAACGGCAGCUACAAGAAAACGGCUACCCUCCACAAACCGUGAAGUUCAUGAUCGGCCAGAUAGGGACGGCGAAGUCGGCCACAAAAUUUCUCGAGUCUCUUAGAAAUGAUCAAGACAUUGCCCGGACAACAUUUAUUACUUCAGUAAACUCUAGACUGGAUGAAAAAUUUGCGGAAUACAAGACCAAUGAGAAGAAUGUCGACCAAUGGUUGAUCGAAACACUAUUCUCUCCAUUUCAAAACUACUAA